UUACUGAUAAUGGCCAGGCAGUAAUAAGCAGUCAUCUGUGGUACUCUUGCCUUUGUGUGCUUGUUACUUUCAGCGUGUAAUCUUGUGUUUUGUGUUAUCUACCCACCUGUUUUCAAUCUACGCAUCAUCAACUAUUCUAGAAAAAAUGUUCGCCAAAACUUUGUGUGCCUUGCUGGCGGUCGGCUAUGCUGCCGCAGUGUCUUUUGAGGGAGUGGACCCCAACUCGCUGCAUUGCGACCCGGAGGGCCAAGUUUUUCUCCUCCUGCCGCAUUUCACAGACUGCAACAAAUUCUACAUGUGCGACCACGGCAAGGAGGUCGAGAGGUCCUGCCCCCCUACCUUGAUCUUCGACUUCGUCAACCAGGUCUGCAACUGGGACUGGGCCGCCCCGUGCCUGCUCCGCGACCAGGAGAUCGAGGGCUCCGGCGACGACGGUGACAGCGGCAGCGGGAGCGGCAGCGGCAGCGGCGGCUGGGCCGUCGAGCCGGAGGAGACUGAGGAUGAUGGUGAUGAUGUGCCGAACGCUGCCGUGUUCGCUACCCAGUUCAACACCAUCCUGAACUGCAAUAGAGCCGAGACCUCCUCUAGGCAGAUGCCUUACAGAGGGGACUGCCAGCGCUACUGGCGGUGCAACGGCCGCAACUUAGAAGCUGUCUACUGCUCAGACGGUCUGUUCUUCAACGCCGAGUCGCGCCAGUGUGAUUUCGAAGCCAAUGUCAAGUGCGACGUGCAAAUAACAGACGAGUUGGCUGGAGAAUUCAUUGUUUACAAGUAAAUUGUUGGUUGGAGACGGUGUCUGGUUUUGGAGACUGUAGAAUACGUUGCCACUGUAUUUAGAACCUUACCUCUUUGAGUUAAGUUAUAAAAUAAUUCAAUUUGAGCCUGUUAAAGGCUGUUAAAAGCUUUUGCCUACAGUGAAAGUCAGAAAUAUUUGUAUCAAUACCUACAUUUUCAUAGUAUUAUUGGUAAUCAAUAAAACAAGUAAAAUCAGUUUUAUGUAACUUGAGGACGUAGCGAAUCAAAAUCGAAUCAUUGUUUAAGUUAAGUUCUCAAAAUAUUUUUUAUUUUAUAAAGCGUUCCUGGACAAUGCUUCAAGCAAUUAUGUCAAUAAACAGAUUACCGUCUCAAAUGUCCAUUGUUGAAUUACAAUCGACAAUUUAGGAGCAAUCUCUAACUACACACUUUAGAAUUUGUAUGGUUACCUUUGAAAAAAUAUAAUUAUUUUACAUUACAUUUCAAAUUGCAAAAAGGUGAAUAUUUUUAUAAAAUCAAUUUUAUUUGUAACGUUAACAAUAUCUCUUAUUUUAUUUAAGUUCAAAGUUAAAUCAUACAAAUUCUAUUAAUGGAGUUGUAUUAUUAUUAUAGUAUGUGGUUAGUUUAAUCCAUAAUAUAAGUAAACAAUAAAAAAAUCAAAACCUUGUACAAAUUAUUCGCAAAAGAGACAUUUUUUAUAUUCAGUUUUGCUGAUGAAAAUUGUGUUUUUUGUAGUUUAUUUACAAAUGGGGUUUUGAGAAAAGCAAACAAAAAAAAUCAUACCUUUAUGUACAUAAUUUUAAUAGUAUUUUCACCAUUAUUUGUAUAUAACCUAUAUUUUACUACAAAAAUAAAAUAAAAUAAGAAAUCAUAAGCUUUUUUAUAAAUUGCCCCUAUUUUGUCGUAAUAAAGAUUCUUAUAAA